UCGUUGGCUGGCUCUGACCUGCAUUCUCCCCUCCCUCUCUCUCCCCCUGGACUUUUGGAACACGGAUGCAGCAUCAUUCCGGUUUCUGGUAGAUUAGUCUUCAAUCGGUCGCAGUCAAUUCUGUCGAUUGGAGUUGACUGUAUCACGGAAGCAUUUGCAGAGACCUGGAGCCUCGAAUAGACAAGUUCAGGUUGUGGAGAGAGGGCGGGCUGAGGAAUGGUGAGAAGAUCGAGACUUGGGAUGAAAAUUGGUCUGUCGAUGCCCAGAACCAUGCGGGCUCAUUGGCGUGAUCGUUGUAUAGAGGAAUGAGAUUUCGUACCCCAAGAAGACACAUCAUGCAUUGCCGAGGGAUGUGAGAAAAUUACUUGCGAUUUGACAGUGUACAUAUCACCCCUGGCACUGCACGAAACAUUUUUUUGGGUUGGUGUUCUCUAUCAAACUGAGGGCUGGAGCUGAGGAUAAAUUUGCUUUCAUCGCUGCGAGGGGACCGUUGACCUCGCUCAAAUUCUAGUCUUCCACAGUAAGUAUCGAGCGUCAUGGGGUAUAAGGACGUCGUAGAGGUUGACGCCUCAAAUGGAAUCUAUUCCGUUUGUGAAAAAAAGUGGGCUGUUGGUACGCGGUACAAGUUACAUGAGCACAUCGGUGCGGGAUCUUAUGGAGAUGUCUGUCGUGCGACAGACGUCGAAACCAACCAAGUUGUUGCUCUGAAGAGGAUUCCGGAUGUAUUUUAUUGUCACAUGCUAGCAAAGCGUGUUCUUAGAGAAGUCUGUAUCAUGAGGCGGUUGCGUCAUCCAUAUAUCAUCUCCUUGUCAAAUGUUUUUACAUCAGACAGCUUGGACAUCCGCGGGGGAGUAGACCUGUACAUUGCAACUGAAUAUGCAGAUCGCGGGGACAUGUAUCACCUUAAAGAUCCACUUUUGCCGGACGAUGUGAAGCUGCUAGUGUGGCAGUUGCUAUCUGGCGUACGGUACUUGCACUCCUGUCACGUUUGGCACAGAGACAUAAAGUCAGAGAAUGUGCUGCUCACUUCCAGAAUGCGGGUCAAAAUAUGUGAUUUUGGUCUCUCUAGAUCUGCAGUUGAGAGCUCAGCGGCCGUGGAACCUAGACAAAUUCCAACAGGAAGACGUUCCAAAAGCGGGAAACCUGUUUUAAUCAGGCAGUACACCAAGACUGUUGUUACACCCAGCUAUAGAGCGCCGGAGGUUAUCAUGUCCCAAGGACAAUACACUUCAGCCAUCGAUAUAUGGGCUCUUGGAUGCAUCUUUUGGGAACUGUUGGUACGACAAGUCAGUCCCCAACGGACAGGACCACCUGCUAGACCUUUGUUUGGAGUGAGGGGAGAACCAAACACACCUCUAGGAGGAGAACUGUAUGCAGAAGAUGGCAAUUCAAAACUUUCUGAACAGUUGGAUGUGAUCUUCGACGUUAUCGGCACCCCUUGUUGGAAGGACAUUGAAAGUGUUCCUAGUGAAUCAUGGCGAUCUUACCUUAAGCAAGUGCCUGGAAGGGCUGGAAACAUGAUAGCACAACUCACAGGAUGUGUUGACGAGGAGGCGUUGGAUCUUUUAUCAAGAAUGCUUGCCUUCGAUCCUGCUCGUCGGUGCACAGCUGAAGAAGCUCUUGCUCACACUUACUUCAAGAGCUUGAAGCAACCCCAAGAUGUACCCCCGAUUACUUUCGAAAAUGCACCAUCGGUUUUACCCGAAGAUCCUUUGUGGGCAAUCACCAACCCUGCCAUGGCUCUGGGGUUGCUGGAGAGGGAACUUGAAAAUUCCAUGACUCAGCCAGAUGGUGGUCGACAAACGUUGGAGUGGCUUCUGCAGAGGGAGGUAGAGAGACAACAGGAGCAUUUCAAGCUGCGCCAGCACUAUGCUAAAGCUGCUACAGAAGUGGCUGCAAACAACAAUCCAGCAUUAGCCCUAUUCCCAGGAGCGUCGUAUUUUGCUGUUCCAGCAGUCGUAGCUUUAGAUCCGGGAACGUCCAGAGAUGCCCAUACAGCUCCCCAAGCCACCAACUACUCAACUGAAGAAUCUACUUUGACCUUGGAGGUAAGUAAGACUGCAGAUGCUCGUGACGACAAUGGAGCUCAAGAACCUGCUGCGAAGAAAAGAGGUGGUAGAAAAAAGACAAUUAUCAAGCAGGGUUCACUUCGUAUUGAGCUGAAUUCGAUGCCUUCUCCUCAGACUAGCAGGACGACUACUAGAUCUGCCAAGCAAAAACCUAGCGGUGGCGAAUACGAUGGGCUGCCCGUUUCUGAGAGUGUGCCACGACGGUCACCACGUCUUAGGGAGGCUCAUGCACAAGGUGAGCUACCUCAUCGAAAGAGAGUAUGUUUGCGGGCUGUUUAGGAGGAAAUAUCUUCUAUUUCGUUGUACAAUAACUUGACUAAUUUUUUGUACAGGUUUAGAUUAAUCUUAUAUAAAUCUCUCAGUAGAAAAGGCAGUCAGUAAAAGAAAUCUCCAAAAAUAUGGUCUUUCCCACCUCAUGAGGCAGUAUGGCCAUUUUGGUGAGUUGUGUACGGUAUGAGUUCUUAGGUAGUGUCUGCUGGAAUUGAUUUACACGACAUUCUUUAGCCAGCCCAUAAUGCUCGGUGAGUAGGAGAAUGAGCACCCUUGUUGAAACGCCUCAUGGGAGUUCUUUAAAUUCGUUAGGCUUAUAGAUGGAUUCAGCAUUUAUUGCAUAAAUGUUUCCCCGCUGAAAGAACAAUCGAAAAUUUUUGCUUGAAAUGUAUGCAUGACCAUUCUCUUGGCUAUC